AGAUCCUUACUCACCGGCAGGAACACAACACUAUGAGUAGGGUCUAAUUUUAUUUGGCUGCGGUUUUCUGAAAGGUGGAGGUACUUUCCUAGUUCGGCUCUGCUCUAGAUCUGGAGUGACAUCCGCUGUGCUGAACCCUACCACACAGAGCGAGAUGAUGGUUCAAAGUAACAAUAAUUGAAAAACUGUACUUAAUGAUAACAUUUGCUCAUGCUGUUCAUUCUAUGCUACCUGAACGUGUCCAAGUAGUUAAAGCCUACUAUUAAAUAAAUUGCAACUCAAAAUACAAAGUUAGUUGUCGUUCUGAUCCCAAUAACGAUAGUUGUUAGUUAGUCCUUUUCUAAACAAAUACAAGGCUACAAAAUAGUUGUUUUAUAGCCAAAAUAUAUGUUUGUUUAGAAGAAUAAAACUUAAAUCUUAAAACGCUGAAAAUAAAAGGAAUAUGUGUGGUCUACUAUACUAGCGGUCCCAUAAUUAUUCUUUGCUAUGUGUUCCUAAGUAAAGAUCGUGGCUCUUCUAAUGCUAAUUAGUUGUAUUCUGAUAUUGAUUAGUGUGAGGUAUCAGUCUACUCUCUAAGUACUUCUAAUUUAAGAGGAAGGAAUGAGACUAACGGCGAUUUUAAUCCUGCUGAUGGCCUGGUGUUGCGCUGGCUACAGGAUCCUGGUGGUGUUCCCGCUGGCGGGGGGCAGGAGCCACAGCAUCCUCGGGGAGGGGGUCGUGCGCCAUCUCCUGGCCGCCGGACACGAUGUGACAUACAUCACGGGAAUCCCUUCGAAACUAUCUGCUCCCAGGCUACGGCAGAUCGACGUUUCAGCUAAUAGCUGGAUUUUCAAACCGGAGGAUCUGUGCGAUAUUGACAAGAUCUUGACCCACGGCAGAGAAAUCUUUUUCGACUACACCAUCGCCCGGCAGCAGCUAAAGUUGAACAACUAUACGGCCACGCACAAAGACGUGCAGAAGUUGAUGUUGGACCCGAAGGAAGAGUUCGACUUGGUCGUGAUUGAGUGGCUGUUCAAUGAGUUCUUAGUUGGUUUGUCUUCCGUGUUCAACUGCCCUUUCAUCUGGUUGUCCUCGCUGGAGCCCCACGGGCUGGUGCUGUCCCUGAUAGACGAGUGGACGGACCCGUCCUACGUGCCGGCAGUCCACUCCAAGGCCGUUCCGCCGUUCACUUUCGCACAGAGAAUCAGCGAGCUGUGGGCGGUCUUCACGCAGAAAUAUGUUAGAUGGCAGUUAAUCUCUGAAGAACAAGUACUAUUUGACCGGGUGUUCGGCCCCGCGGUCGCCAUGCGAGGCCGGCAGCUGCCUCUACUGGAGGACAUGAAAUACCACGCAUCCCUGAUACUGGGCAACUCGCAUGUGGCCGUCGGGCAUCCCACCAAGCUACCGCCUAGCUAUGUGCCGAUAGCUGGAUACCAUAUUCAGGAUAAACCUUUACCUGAAGAUCUGCAAAAGAUCAUGGAUAACGCAAAAAAUGGGGUAAUUUACUUCAGUAUGGGGUCAAUGAUUCAAUCCAAACGCAUGUCAGAGAGCCUGAAGCAGGGACUCUUGGCCAUGUUAGGGAGUUUGAGACAAACUGUAAUUUGGAAACUGGAAGAAACACCGGAAAACGUACCGAAGAAUGUCCACAUCGUCAGCUUUGCACCGCAGCAGAGCAUUUUAGCUCAUCAAAACUGCGUCCUGUUUAUCACUCACGGCGGACUGCUGUCCACCAACGAAGCCCUUCAUUUUGCCGUCCCUAUCCUCGGCGUGCCCGCCUUCGCAGACCAGUUCCAAAACGUAAAUCGCGCGGUACAGAAGGGGAUCGCAUCACAAGUUUCGCUCAGCUACGAUCUUCCACGAGAAUUAAAAGUGGCAAUUGAAGAGAUGAUUGGAAAUCCCAAGUACCGAGAGAAAGUGAAAGAAUUGUCGUUCAUCUACCACGACCGGCGCGCUCCCGGCUCGGAGCUGGUGCACUGGGCGGAGCACGUGGUGCGCACGCGCGGCGCGCCGCAUCUGCGCUCUGCUGCGCUCCUGGUGCCCUGGUACCAGAAGAUGUACCUCGAUCUACUGGCCCUGGUGUUUGUACUAGUUUUAUCGAGUGUUUUUGUCAUAAGAAGGCUCUUGUCGAAGAACAUUGAUGUGAAUAAAAAGAAUAGAUGAUUCAUG